CCUUCAGUGCAUUUACAGUCUUUGCCCUGUGCGCGGGCAUAGUGCGCAGUCGUGCCAGGGUCAGUCAGGCUAAACUAGGCAUUUUGUCUCUUUUAAGUAAACCGAGGAUUUUAACGGAGGCACACGGACUUGUUAAAUGAACUGGGAGUGGAGUGACAUAUAUUCCCAUCCGUUAUGGAUGGUUUCAACGGCGAUCUUGGCCAUAAUUGUGCGCGCGCAGCGGAAAGUGCCCUGGAACCCGCGCGCCUGUCCCGUGAAGUUAAAAGGAAAAACUGCGAUUAUCACUGGCGCCAACACUGGGAUUGGGAAGUUCAUUGCCCUGGACUUUGCCCGUCGUGGGGCGCGGGUGAUCCUGGCGUGCCGGAGCGAGGCUCGUGGGACUGCAGCGCUGCAAGAAAUCAGAGACAGCAGUGGGAACCAGAACGUGCAUCUACGUCUGCUUGACACCUCGUCGCUCGAGUCUGUCCGGAAGUUUGCGGCACGGAUCUUGGAGGAAGAGAAGGAAUUACACAUCCUGGUCAAUAACGCUGGGGCCUCAGGCCUACCCAGUAAGAUCACCGCUGAUGGGUUGGAAAUCACAUUUGCAACCAACCACAUUGGGCCAUUCCUGCUCACCAGUUUGCUUUUAGACCUUUUGAAGAAAUCAGCCCCAGCUCGCAUCGUAAAUGUUUCAUCUAUGAAUCACUGGAAAGGCGAAGUGGACUUUUCCCAUUUCCGUGGGGACAAUCUUAGCAAUGUGAUGGAUGCUGCAUAUAACCACACCAAGCUGCACAAUGUCAUCUGGACCAAUGAGUUGGCACGCAGACUUCAGGGCACAGGAGUAACAGCAAACUCUCUGCAUCCAGGUGUAGUUAUGACAGAUGUAAUGAGAAACUAUAACUUCAUUAUCCGAUUCCUCUUCAACUUGGUCGGCUUUUUCUUCUUCAAAACUGCUGAAGAGGGGGCUUUCAGCCCAAUUUACUGUGCCAUUUCAGAGGAAACAGAGGGAAUCACUGGAAAAUACUUUGACAGUGACUGUUCCCUGGUCCUUCCAGCACCUCCUGCCAGAGAUCCUGCCCUUGGAGUGAAGGAAUAUGAGUUCUGUGAGAGACUGACUGCCAAACCGUAAAGAAAUAAACCACUUAGAGAAAACUCUGUCAUCAUUUAUUCGCCACAUGUUUCUCCAAACCUGUGUGGUUUAUUUCUUACACAGAAAAAAAAGGUAGUUUGGUGGAAUGCCCCAACUGCUCUUUAUCAUACAAUGAACAUCAGCUGUCCAUGUGGCCCGUGUGCUAUAUUCCAAGUGUUCUGAAGCCGUUUGAUAGCUUUAUGUGAGGAACAGACUGAAAUGUAAUUUUGCCAAAUAAUAUCCUUAAGUUCCAUCAGAGUCAGACACGGCUGUUACGUAAACCAUUUUUAUAGAGCAGAACAAGCAAACAUAUUGUACAAAAUCUCUUUGAAUAAAGAACAUAUAAAGGCUCA